GCAAGUCGCUACGGCAUAUCAGCAAUAUCACAACGACUGGGUGGUGCUGAUACUAGCUAGUAAGCAUCAAGCUGAGGCUCACGUCGCGCGAAUAAUAGCAAACCAUGAGAGGGAAGCUCUUCUGCUUCGUCCCAACCACGCCAUUAAACGCUCACAACGACACCACACUUGAGUUUCAAUUGUGGAUUGUAGCAGACACUAAGAAAUAUGCAAAAAGGUUCCGAGUAUUGUCCUGACGAAGAAGAGUUGGGUCCACUCAAGAUUGUUCAAUUGACCCAGAGAGGAGCCCGUGCUGCUUCUAGCCAAGGCGAUGACAUGCUCGUGCCAUCCAACACCACCCCCACCAACGAAGUGGAGCCAUGCACCGAUAAGAUUACAAAGGACAUGGCACCAACUCCAAUGUGUACUGUACCGGGCAAACACGCCAAUGCCAUGGACAGAGUCACCAGUGUGGAUGGCACACAAAGUGACGGAGCAAAGGUUGCAGAAGCAAUAGCCGGAGUUAAACCAAACUGCUUGACGCUGGAAAAAGUACUGCCUGUUGAAGCCCUUGGCCAGGCAAGUAGCACCAGUAAAACCAAGCCUGCUCAGUCGAGAAGUCAGACUGGAAGAGGAGUAGCAAUCCAGUCCAACGAAGCCACAAACUUUGAUGUAAUGAAGGUCGUUGAAGCCAGAGCACGCGAUGCCAGCAUGAAUCUGCAGAGAGUAGAGUACGUGGAUGCUGAGACGGGGAAAGCAGACAGCACCCUUCAAAUUGGGCGCACACAAUCAUCAAGGAGGGCUGCAGGCAUUCAGGCCGCAGUACCGGUAUCACCAAGCCAGACUACAAUAGCACGCAACGAAACCAACUAUGAAAUGAAGGUGCUUGAAGCCAGAGCCUGCAGAGCAGCUGCCUUGAGUCUGCAGAGUGUACAAACGCUGGACAGACAACAACCUGGGGAUAUUAGUCCAACAAUGGGGCUAGAGGUGCUUGCAGUCAACCAGUCAGUUCGUCCUGGAGCCUAUGCUGGAGUGCCGGGGGCAAGCGUACGCCGUAACACUGAUAUUCGUUUGUCGCUUCUGGGGCGGGAAGGAUUAUUUGGAAGUGAACCUAUGACCUCCUUCCAGAGUGAAAACUUUGAGGAUGGUCCAUCAGAGACAAACGGCAAUAGACUGUCUGUUGCCAUCCCAGUUGACGAGCCUUCUACAACAAACAUACAGACUGCACAAGAACUACCAACCAUCAGCGAGCCUGGACAAGACUUGGAUGAAGCAAGAAUCAAGAGACGCAAGGAGAAUCUCAAAGCUACACUGAAGAUUGCCAGAGCAGGGUUGCUGUUCAUUCUCAUUAUUGUACUCUUGCUUGCUUUCCUCUUGCCAGACAAAGAUCAGGUUGAAGCAACACAGUCCAAAACAACUGCACCACCAAUGAGCAUGAGCACAACCACAGCUCCGACCUCCAUGGAAUCGUUAUUUCUAUCCCUGCUGCCUGAGCACACCACCAAGGCAUUGGAAGAUACAGCUUCAGCACAAUACCAAGCUUUUCGAUGGCUCAGAGAGGAUCCCUUCAUCUAUGGAUACUCAGAGCAGCGCAUACUUCAAAGGUAUGCUCUGAUGACUGUCUUCUAUUCCACUGCAGGCCCAACUCAAUGGUUCAACAAGACAGGUUGGGGGAGCUACCAUCUUCAUGAAUGUGCUUGGUUUCAAAAUCAAGAAUUUGCUCUCAAGUCAUUCGUAGGAAAGCUAUACCCAGGCUUCCUAAGAGGCUUCUUGGAGCCUCUACCUGACAGCCAAUGUGACAAGCAAGGGCUCUAUCAACAUUUGUGGUUGGAUCAGAACCACCUUGUUGGUUCUCUGCCAGAAGAACUUUACAGCUUGACCUCACUCAAAACUCUUUCUGCUGGUCUGAAUCCUCUGUAUGGCUCAUUGUCUAGUUAUAUUGGACAGCUUACAGAGUUGCAGGGGCUUGUCAUUUUCACGACUGGGCUGUCUGGAUCCAUACCAAAGGAAAUCGGCAGCAUGUCAUCAUUUAAAGUUAUUGGGCUGAAUGACAACAAGCUGGAAGGGUCCAUUCCAGAUGAACUUUGGCAACUAAGCAGUCUGGACAGCCUUGUGCUUGGCCGUAAUGAGAAGUUACGCGGUACUAUUCCAUCAAGUAUUGGCACUUUCCCAAAGUUGAGGUGGCUUUUGAUUAAUGAGUGUAAUCUCUCUGGCUCCAUUCCUAAAGAGCUUGGGCAGGCUACAUCUCUAGAAUGGCUGGUUUUGUUGGGGAAUCAACUUUCUGGGACUCUCUCCAGUGAGCUUGGAGCACUCUCGAAGCUUUGGAUUGUUUCCUUGAGUGGCAAUCUUCUCCAGGGGACUCUGCCCAGUCAACUUGGUCUUCUCACUUCAUCCUACCGUAUGACCCUGCGCCACAAUUUCUUCACGGGCACCCUUCCCUCUGAGCUGGGUAUCCCUCCACUGCAAUGGCUAGUCCUUGAGUCAAACCAGCUUUCUGGUACAAUUCCCAGUGCUUUCUCUGGCCUUUCCAAUUUGGAGUUUAUCUCUCUGGGAAACAACAGUUUCACUGGAGAAAUCCCUUCGGAGUUUGGGCUUCUGACAUUGCUGGGCAGGCUCACCAUGGAAAAUAAUCUCCUCCAUGGAACUGUUCCAGCUGAACUGGCUUCCUUGCAGGAAUCACUGUACAGCUUCCGAAUUGAUGGCAACAGCUUGCUCUCUGGUGUGAUACCAGAACCUCUUUGUACUGUGAAUGGCACAUGCAUUGGAGAUAGCUUGGUGUCUCAUUGUGAGGGGUCUUCUGGAUCAUCUUUUGAUUGCACUGAGUUGUUGUGUGGGUGUGAAUGCCCCUGCUGAGUUCUGCUGGUCUUUGGCUGGCGAUUCAGUCGUUCAAUUGAAUAUCCCUUGUACUUAGUCCGUUGUCACUAUAGUUUAGACCUUGCUUUGAUACUUCUUUGGCUAGCUAGGCGGAAAGGCAAUCGCGCUGUCCCGUUUCGAAUCAACUAAAAUGACCCGCCUGUAACUCGCAUCCAC